UCCCUGUCCCCAUCCCUGUCCCUAUUCCUGUCCCUUUCCCUCUCCCUGUCCCCAUCCCUGCCCAAAUCCCCAUCCCCAGCCCCCCACCCAUGUCCCCACCUCUCCCCCCUCUCUUGCCACUGUCUGUCCCUGUCACCUCCCCCGUUCACAGGGCCGGAAGCCACAGUGUCACAGCGAGCUGGCCCGGGUGACGCAGGGCCAGGAGGCUCUGGGGACAGGGACAGCGUGGGGCUGGGACCCCUUGGGGACACAGCCCCUAGGAGGGGGUGGCUGGGCUGGCCCCGGAGGGGGGAUGUGGCAGCUCGGGGUCCUCAUCCCCCUCCUUGGAGCGGGCGCCCUGCGGGUGACCCAGGAGCCGGCCGAGCUGCAGGUGGCCGCGGGUGACACGGUGGCCCUGCAGUGCCAGGUGGAGGUGGCCGAGGGCGAGGUCCUGCUGCGGAUGGAGUGGCUGCGGGACGGGGGGCUCGGGGGGCUCUGUGCCACCCGCCUGCGCCUUGGCACGCCCCUGUCCCCGCUCCCCUGUGCCCGCAGUGCCCCGGGGGGGGCACAGCUGGCCUGGCACCCCCCCCGGGCCACCCUCAGCCUCCCGCAGGUGCAGAGCAGCGACAGCGGGCGCUACCUGUGCCGGGUGACCCUGGAGAUCCCGCGGCACGACACGGCCACCGGCAACGGCACCGAGCUCCGCGUCACCCCCGCAGCUCUCGGAGGACAUCAGCCAGCGCUGCUCUGGGCGCUCCUGGCGGGCCUGGGGAGCCUGGGGGGCACCGUCCUUCUCCUGGGGCUGGUCCUGCUCGGCCAGCGCUGCUGUCACAGGAGCCCAGGCGCUGGGCACCCCGACUCGCCCAUCUACCUGAACGUGGGGUCCCCCUGGGCGCGGGGCCCCCCAAAGCCGCCGCCCCCCGAGCCGGAGAUCAGCCCGUACCAGGUGGAGCCGCAGCGGGCACGGGGCCCCCCCCUGCCCCCCCGGCCCUGAGGGCGCCCCACAGCCUCCCCCGGCUCUGCCUUCCUCAGGAAACCCCCCA